GUUUGUGAGAGAAAUGUAAUUACAUUACAUAGGACAGUGUAGGUUUUGUAUUUUGUUUUUGCUUAUAACCAAAUAACCAAUGGCAUGCCAUUUCUUGCAGCUCAUUUCCAUACCCACUGACCAAUCUAAAAAUGAAAUGUCAACUGUAAACUUAUAAUAAAAAUAAAAUAACUGUAACUUAAUCCCGGAACUACUAUUCAGAAGAAAAAAGAACACCUAAUAAUUGAUUAAUUCCACACUAAAACUAAAGAGAAACUAAAUUAUCGAAAAGGAGCGACAUUUGCAUUCAAUCAUUCUGGUGAUGAGCAAAGCAUGGUGCAAGUUAAAGGUCUGGUUCCUUAAUUGAAAGAGAAAUGUUUAAGAUUCACCGCCAACCCCAAGGUGAAGGAGCUGUUAAGAAGUCAAUACAAAAGCUUUUGGACCCAAAGAAGGAUGUUGUGACACGUCUCAAGCAUUUGAAGAACAUUAUAGACAACAGCUCAAAUAUUGAAGUACAAGCUUUAUUUGAACUUCACUAUUCUCAUAUUUACUUCGUGUUUUUUGAGAAUUUUCUCCUGGCUGAAACCAACUUAAGAUUAAAAGGAUCUCAUCGAGCUCAAAGAGAAGAAUUAGAUGCAAUACUUGUCAUAUUUGAGCAAAUUUUAGUAAAUCUUCCAGAGUUGAUUCAUCAGAGGUGGCAAUAUCAUAGCAUAGACACUGUUAUAAAACGGCUUCUACAUUCCCAAAACUCACUGAAAGUACGAAGAGAGGGCAUUCAUUUUUUCUUAUUGUGGUUGCGUGCCCUUGGUAAAAAUGCAAUACCACGUACAUUGCUUCUCUAUGCAUGCUUGGUGCCAGGCUUUCCACCACCUACAUUUAGUGAUGGGAAACCUUACAGUCUUGAGUGGCUUGUGAACAUGCCAAUCAAUGAAGAGCAUGGUGUUCAUCAAGUUGAAAUCAUGUGUCUUGUACCGCCACCUUCGGGUGAGAAGGUUCCGCUUGACUUGACCAAAUAUUUUCUGGAUUCUGUGCUUGAGUUCAUGGUGUUAAAGUCGCAAGCUUUGAGAUGGAAGGAGGAACGAAUGAAAAUUGAAUGCUUCAGUUUCCUGUGGGAUCUAUUCAAGGAGUAUUACCUUCCUCAUGCAUUCACUGACUUCAAUUUCAACACAAGCAUAUACAACACAGCUUUGUGUCUUCCUGAGCCUCGUGAGUCGGUAAAUUACGUCCUCAAUGUUUCCGACUCCGGAUCAAUUGAUCCUCGAAUCGAGGUUGCAUCGGGAUGUUCCAUGCUCCAAGCAAGAGUUAGCAUCAUUAAGUGGAUCAUUGCUUUCACAGGAAGGUUUGAGAAGACUCAGAUUCACAACAAACCUGACUCUGCUAUUGAAGCACUGCAACGUCAGGUACUUAAGCAGCUGCAGGAAUUAAAUGUCAGUAACAAUGAUCAAAGUAAAGAUGGGAGCGAGAGCAAAUCCUCCACUCCCGCAUCUUCCAACCCUCCUCAACAUCUGAGCGUUUCAUCCGUCCAACAAAUUGAAACAGAGGCAAACUCCAACACCAGCACUCUCACUGAGAAAGAGCCAAGUAUAUCGAGUGUGUCGAGUUUAGAUGAUAAACUAAGGUCAAGUGCUUCUGCUGAAGAAGAAUUAGUGCGUGAUGUGUUAUAUUCUACAAGGCAAAAUAUCAACAUUGUCCAUGAGAUGUUUCGACAGGCGUUCAUGCUUCCACUCACUGAGGUUCCCACGAUGAGAAGGGUAGUGAAAGUGUACCAGGAAUGGAUACAGGAAGGAGAGAUUCCUCUUUUCAUGGAGGAAAUACCAAAAGAUAUGAAUGUCGAAUCUGAGGAAUCUCAUUCAGAUGAAGGUGAAGAGAAAGAAGUUUUAUCGCGACAAAAAUCAACAAAUUCUCUUCGUAAUGUGUCUUAUAUGAGAGGCCAGUUACAUUCGGUCAUUGAUAAUGCUUUAAAUACUCAUGUGCGUGCUGGACCACAGACAACCUUACAACUCUUCAUAACAAACUCUGCUCAUGUAUUUCUUGUUGAACCGCCCAGGAACGCUACAAAACUUGUGCAAGCGCAGGUUGAUGUAUGCAAGCGUGUGUUGAAUUUAUAUCGGUACAUGGUGAUGAAUGUGUUUCUAUCCGAAGUAACAUGGCAGCAGUUGUUACGUGUACUUCUUCAUAUAACUCGUGUUAUGCUGCAAGAAGCCACCUUUGAUGAACCAUCUGUGAAUAAAUACGAAACUGUUGCAGGACGCCUUGCUGGCCCAGUAUUUCAAACCUUGAUUGUAUCUUGGAUCAAAGCAAAUCUAUUCGUCCAAGUAUCACGUGAUUUAUGGGAUGAGUUGGUGGAUGUGUUAUCAUCACUCACCAACUGGGAAGAACUUAUCACGGAAUGGGCCAAAAACAUGGAGACAAUGACAAGAGUUCUAGCAAGGCAUGUUUAUAAACUUGAACUACAAGAUUUACCACUGGAUCGUCUAACUGAGCAAAAGCAUAAAAAACAAAGAAAAACUGGCCAAAACAAAAAGCAAUCAAUAACAUCUGAGAAUUCUUCUCGCUUAAACGAACGAUCAUUUAGCCGAGGAUGGAGCCAGGAUUCGGUUCCAGGAGCAAGUGAUGUGGAAUCAAAUAAAGUCUCCCUGCAUCCACCUGAAGAGCAGAUCCCGGAUGAUGUGAUCUCUCCUCCUCUUCAUGGAAGACCAAGAUCAUCAACAAUGAUCGGAGACACAAGCAACAACCCAUUGUUAGUUCUUCCACACAGAGGGUUAUCCGAUACAUUUGCUUCAAAUCAGAUGACGGAAAAUGAAGGUUUAAAACGAUGUAACAGUGCUUCAGAUAUACCUAACUCAGACAACACCCUUCAUACUUCAUCAUGUUCAUCACAAAGACAUAGAAGUGACUCAGACAGUCAAAGAGGAACCAACAUUCAUUCAUCUAUGGAUAACAAACCUAACCAAGACAAUGGGCUGCAUGUUGCAUGGCAAGAUAACCACCAGGUUCACAACUAUGGUAAUGAGAGUGUUGGUGGAAGUACAAGCAUCAGUGUCAACAGUUUAGAGGAAGGAGAUGAUAUGUUUGAAAUGCUGGCUCAGGAAAGGUUGCACGCUGGCUCAAGUAAAAGUUUUGCUAGCUCUGGGGAGAAGGGGGAGGUUGUAAGUAUACACAGUCAAGAUUCAGCUGCCAUUGAUGCUGACUGGAAUCCAUGGGAACAUAUUCAAGAAGACAAACAAACUGAAAACUCCAGUGUUGACCGAUUUUCAACUGAAGAUAUAAAUGUGCUCCAUGAAGCAUCUAACUACACAAGCCUUGCAGCGAAUGGCAUCACUGUUGGCGUUGGAAACCCAGUGCAAUCGCACGGUUUCAACUCCGAAGACUUCGUCACCGACCCCCUUCAUCACCCCUCCUCCCCUCUUUCUCUUCCAUUAUCCCACUCUCCUCCUGCCAUCCCAGCUCGAGUAGCUCUCCCCUCAAAUGUUAAUUUAUUUGACAUCAACUACCUGUCACCAAAUUUAAACAACCCCCAACCUACCUCACCCAGUGACGACUCCUCAGUUAUAAGCGACCUGACCCCUACUUACCCGCCCCCAAUGACCCUCAGCCCCACCCAGCCCCUCAAAUCCUCGUGCCCCGACCUAACCCCCCCUCCCCACACUUGCACCACUAACUUGACACCAAGUAACCCUGAUUUACACGAAGAUGGAGCUUCUAACAGUUCAGGUCAAGAUUUAAAUUCUCCAACUUCAGAAUUUCAUCAAAAACAACUAAGUGACGCUGGCUCUAAUGAAUUACUGAUGGGAGAACAGCACACUCCAGUGUUCACUUCAUCUCUUCCAUCGGAUGUUGCUCCUCAUGAUGCGGAUGACUCCUUUGAAAAAAGUGAUGACACCAUCCAACAUCUUAAAGUCACAAAGAUUGUUCACUCUGGAGCAGAAGAUGUGGUUUCCGUGGAGACUUACGAGAUGGAUGUGGACACAGAUGCACAUGAGCAAGAGGAAACUCCUGAGGAAGACCUCCUCGCAACAUCCACUGAAGAUAUUUUGCUUCAACACUGCAGCACACCUCAAAUCGAAGUGAAACAAGCAAACACACUUGAAGACUCAACAUUUGAUGAAUCUCUUCAUAAAACAACGGAUACCUCACACCACAAUGGAUUAGAAAACUGCAGCAUUAUGGCUGGUGGGAAAAAAACUGGAUGGUUUCCUGAUGUUGCUGUUGCUCUGUGGAGAAGGUUGCUUGGGAUAAUGGGCGAUAUCAAUAAAAUAGAGGAUGGAUUAAUACAUGAACUUGUAUUUGAUUAUCUGCUGGAACUGUGGGGCAUACUGUUCAAAAUGCGACAAAACAUUGGAAUACCAAGCGAGACACGCGAAGUUGAAGAGAGUGAACUUGUCCCACCAUUAAGAAUACUUGCUCCUUGGGGGUUUAAGGCUACCAUGGCAAUCCCUGAUACCCACAAAGGUGGAAAGCUUCAUGCUUAUGAACUGCUGUGUAAGAUGACGUUACAACGGGAACAUGACACCCCACUUGAACCCGAACAUCUUUCACAAUUUUACGCAGUGUUGCAUCAUGGUCUUCAUUCUCCUGAUAACGAUAUUGUGAAUGAAAUUGUUAGAAGUUGUUCUCAAUAUUUUCCUUCAUGCCUUCAAGCUUCAAGUUUACUUCUGUUAGAUUUUAUCUAUGCUUGUCAUGCUGUUGCUGCUUCACAAGAUUUAAAGGCACCUCGUGUUGAAGCUCAAACCAUAUUAGGUUCAACUUUGUGUUUUCCCAAUCUGUAUCACAACAUUCCUGUUCUCAAACCUGAUGUUACUGAGCCUUCUGUAACCAUCUGCAAUAAUGUGAAGGAUUAUGUGGUUGAAGCUCUUCUAACAUCUGGAAAGAAAGAGCCUUCUGCUGCUGCCAGAUGUGUGGCGCUCUCUAGCACAGGUGUGUGGCUUUAUGAGGAACUCACAACAUGCCACACGAGGCAUUCUAGAGUCAAAGAAGCAAUAAAUGUGCUGCUUGUUUCAUUAAAGUUCAACAACCGAACUGUGGCAAGUGUCGCAUGCACACAACUCCACUUACUGACACAUUGCAGCAAAGAAUUGAUGGAAAAUAUGCCAGAGAUGCCGUCUCGUAUUAUAGAGGUUAUGUCAUUAACAGUAUCUGCUCUUUUAAACGGUACAGAAGCGAAAAACACAGACUCUGGUCGACAGUUACUGGUGUCCUUACUACUAUGUAUAUUGGAUUGGUGCAUGGCUGUCCCACUCGAGUUACUUACUGAUACUUAUGGUGCUGAGAGCGAUAAAAGAUUGAUAAGAACUGUUUUCAAGGCAUUACAGACAGCUGCACUGGGCAAGCCAGGUCACAGUGCAAAACACAGCUACAGUUUGUCUGACCUGGCUUCUCAAGAUUUCGACCCAAAUCUUCAACUUGAUAAAGUUCAAGAAGCUCCUACAGGUUUCUCAGGACGACCGAAACUUAAUGUACCAAGGAACAACACUGUGAAGUUAGGUCGAGAUGGUGCAGUAAGUCUCGCAGCCCACACAGUCCUCUCCCACCUCACCAACCACCUUGGACACUUCCCCCUCGCACGUGGUUGUUCGUUACUUGCGUGUCGUGUAAGUGAACAUCACGAUGGGGAAGACACACCAGAUGAAUUAUCUGCGAAACUAUUCAACUCACCUAAUGUGCAAUUUCUCAUCUACAAUGAUACUUGUCUCAUGUCAUUGGUGGAAAUACCAGCAGAAACAGACAAACCCGGUGAAGGAGCAAGACACGAUAUGCGUAGUUCUAAUAGAUGUGUGAGGUUUAUUAUGAGGGACGGGGGUGGCAAGUACUGCUGGGAUUGGUCGUUGUUAUACGGACCAGCUGAUGUGGAAGAAAGGAAUAAACCUGUUAAGUGUGAGCCCCUGUCAACAUUAGCAUCUGACAUCAGGCAGUCAGCUGAUGCUCACUGUCAGUCUUAUCUUGAUUAUGCAAAGCAUGAGGAAGGUAGGAAGUGUAAAGUUACUUACGCUGAAAUGCCAAUCUAUAACAAAUCUGAAGAACCAUCAGCCAACACUGACAAACUUGAUACACUGCUUCAAUAUAUUGGUUGGUCAAGCCCCGAAUGUCAGAGUCGAAUAGGAAUCCCAUUAAACACAUACAGUCCCCCACCUUCUGUGUUGAGCCAAGAUAUUGAAGCUGCUGCAAUUAAACAAAUAUUACAUCAUCACCAACAACUUGGUAAAAGUUACAGUGAAAAUUCAAGUGCUACAAGUUGGCAAGGUAAAGCUGUCCACCCCCCACCACCAGCCACCAACCCCCUACCCUUCCAUCUAGCAAGGUUGGUUUGCGCACAGUUAGGUUUCUUAUCACGUGACAAUCGUGGUCGUGUACAUCUGCUAAAGAAGAACGAACGCUUGCUGCGAGAACUGAAAAACCUUGACUCAAGGCACUGUCGAGAAACACACAAGGUAGCGGUGCUUUACAUAGCAUCUGGUCAAGAAGAUAAACUAUCCAUUUUAUCCAACACUGGAGGCAGCAAAGAUUAUGAAGAUUUUGUAGCAGGGUUGGGAUGGGAGGUUGAUCUGAAAGUCCACUGUGGUUUCAGUGGUAAGUUGCAAAGCGAUGGGAGCACAGGUAAAAGUGCUCCCUACUAUGCAACAUCGACGUUGGAAGUUAUAUUUCAUGUUGCUACACGGUUCCCAUCGACUAAUGUAACUGCAAGAAACGUCAAGUUAAAACACCUUGGUAACGAUGAAGUUCACAUAGUAUGGUCAGAACAUCACAGAGAUUACAGACGUGGUAUCAUUCCAACUGAGUUUGGUGACGUAGUUAUCGUCAUCUACCCCUUACGUCACGGGUUAUUUCGGGUGCAAAUAAUUAAAAAAACAGAGGUUCCUUAUUUCGGCCCGUUAUUCGAUGGCGCAAUCGUUAACGCUCGUGUGCUGCCUGUGUUGGUUCGUGAGACUGCAAUCAAUGCUGGCAGAGCUAAACGAUCUCAAAUAUCUCUCUACCAACCAUUUUACGAAGAACGAACCCGUUACCUUCGUCAGAUCAUCGAACAGUUUAAAGACGACCGUACAUUUGAAGAUUACAGUGCCCGGUUAUUUUCACCUGUUCCACAGGGCCUAGGUUCGAAUCCCGACGCCUCCACUAAGCAAUCAACAACCAGCCAUGCAACAGAUACAAUACAACUCUCAUCUGCCCCUACACCACCGUCGGGACCUCCAGGCUUUGAUAGUUCGCAGUUAAAUUCAAACAACAAUAACUCGACGCCCGACCACGAACAUCAUAGCUUUGCUAGUUAUGUGAAAAACAUCCAACACGCUUCUGCCUUCAAUACAACUCACUCAGAUACGACUCAGUCCAGCCACCACCCCACCCCAACCAUCGAACCACCGCCUACCAUACAACGAAGCAAUAAAUCCUACAUGACGUCAUUAACACGACCCACCAACAUUAACACCACCACCCGUCAUUCAUUGAAACUUCCACACACCCCCCUCUCCUCCUCCGCCCCUUCAUCCCAACCCACCAACCGCACCCCACAAAAACCGUCCUCCCUGAAGUCGCAUUUAUCAUUCCGGUCCAAUUUACUGCCACGCAAUUUUGGCGGGGGCUCGCAGCCCCAUUUAGCCGCUAGGGACAUCCCCGAUAUACGAGAAGCCCCCGACCCCCCUACAUUCCUACCCACUACCCCAUAGCAGCAAUAAUUGCCUCAAAUUCUGAACCGCUGCAGCGCAAGUCGAUAUGAGCGUUCUAAGGUGCAAGCCCCGCAAUGCCAACAUUCCGUACCGACCAAAAUCGCAGAAAUCAGUCUCUGAAAUUCGGCUGGCCCGAUUCGAACGUAAUAUCAAUCACGGCGAUAGUGUGUGUGGCGCCCAAUCGAUAUCGAUUUGAAGUAAUCUCGAUGUGUACUAAUCCAUAACGUUGAUGCUAAUUCCAUUCAACAUAGUUCAUGUCUCAAUCUUCCUUUUUUUAAUUGUCGUGUGCUUCUUAAAGAUUAUUUAUCACGAGCUCAGUAUUUCUUUGUAUAUAUUUGCUCUUUCAACAUGCUCUAUGUAGAGUUAUAGUUCGCCCACGAAUUUUAACCGCGUUGUAUACACGGCACUAUAUAAUAUUAAAAUAAUAAUGCUGCCA